AUGGAAUCGUUACCGAUGAACCCUCUGCUCGAGUUCAAUAAAGAUACACUUCAAACCAUUCGUAAGGAUUACAAUUUGGAUAAGCUAGGAAGUAUGGAUCAAGCUAUCGAUGUUUUACAGGAGUGGGUGAAAAAACAAAAUCAUUUUGAGAAAAAAGAUUAUCCCAGAGAAUAUUUAGAGAGAAGACUAAUUUUCUGCAAGGGUUCAGUGGAGCGCGCAAAGUCAAAAAUAGACAGAAAUUGCACUCUUAGGACGUUGAUGCCACAGUUCUAUAAAUUUAUAGAUUUUAAGACUGAGUACAAAUAUUCGGACAUUCUGUGGGAUGGGAUAUUACCUAAAAUGACUGAUGACUAUUACAGAAUUUACUUAAUAAAAAAUGUUGGAAAACGUUUUGAUUACGAUAUAAUGAGUUACUAUCUAUUGACAAUUGCGGUAAGAAUUUUCGUCUCUUUAUUACAAACCAUAAAAUUUGAAUUCUUUAUUUUACAAAUUUUAUCGGUUCUAUUUCAAAUUGUUUGUUUCGAGGGCUUUGCACAACUAUAA